AUGAACGCCGUUCAGGGAGGCACCGUCUCCAAGGUCGUCAAGUUGUGGUCGAGGCGGAGCGGCUUAGAGACUUUCGCCAGUCAUUUCGUAUUCCUUGGAAUGUUACGGUUACAAUCAGUUGCUAGAGAGUGGCGCCUGCCCAGAGUACUCAGGGGAACUGAAGCGUACUCUUCCACUGAUCGAAGACCCACCAACCUCCCCCCCAUCAGUACAAAGGAAUCCCAAGCAAUUCUUUCAUCUCUACGUUGUCCAAAAAGUCGGAAAAAUCCGGCGAUUGGCGGUGUACAAUUCGGAAUUGAACUUAAGCUUUCGGACGAACAGGAAUAUUAUGGAUCUCAGCGUCAUGAGCCGCUUCAAGCUAUUAUAUCGCUUGCUUUCCUCCGAGAAGACGCUAAAACUACUAUUUUGCUUUCGCUUCUUCCAACGACCCGAGAGCCUGCGGAAGGGGCGAUGGGGCCGCUGCAUAGUUAUGCCGCCUUGUGUUCUUCCACGAAAGGCGGCCUUUGUUCUACACCGUCGGCGACUUCACUUAGGGUCUCUCCUGGGGCAACAGAGGCGUCCAGACCCAGCCGCGGCUGGAAAAACCUCACCUACACUGGUACUGGUGCUCAUUUUCGACUAGUCCCUUUACUGCCUGUGUCGCACCGGGCAUUUUGA